AAUAAAUAGAUGUGCGUUUAUGGAAGUCGAUUCAAUGUGAAAUGUGCGGUAUAUAUUACAAUUUCGGUUAAGAUAUAAUAUUAAAUAAAUCAUAUUCUGUCUUUGUACCAUAUCAGAAGUAUUUAAAAACGGUUCAGCUAUCAUUUAUUAUUUUGAAGAUAUAUACACAUAUAUUUUUCUAGUGUUAAGUCAGUGUCGACUGAGUUUCUUAUAAAGUUUAAUUAUUAACAUUAAAACUGAAGUGAAAAGUGAGCAAUUUGGUCUAUAUUGGAUUCAUACCAAACAUAAUUCUGUGCAUAACAUACUCCUGUCACCAAAUUUGGUGGACGUUCGGUCAUUGUUUGCUAUAACAUCAAAAUAUCUUUCGAAGAAGAUUGUAGGGCCGAUAGGCCCAUGGUGCAGAGAGGACCAUCUACAGAUGCUCCACUGGUUGCAUCUGGCCGUGAACCUAGAUUUGGUCUAGGCCAUUCUAGUUACCAAAGUGGAUAUAAUAAAUUAUUUACCCAGAGUUCCGCUGAUUCUAACUAUUCUCAACCCUCGUCCGAUCUGUCGCUUGACGAUGAAAAAGAAACACUUCGACGAGAAAGAGAAAGGCAUGCUCUAAGCCAAUUGGAAAAGGCGAGGGGUAAACCUGUAGCUUUUGCAGUACGGACGAAUGUUGCUUAUGAUGCUACAGUUGAUGAUGAUUCGCCAGUUCAAGGAAGUGCCGUGUCAUUUGAAAUAAGAGAAUUUCUUCACAUUAAAGAAAAGUAUGACAACAAUUGGUGGAUUGGAAGGUUGGUUAAAGAGGGUUGUGAUGUCGGGUUUAUUCCAAGUCCAGUUAAGUUGGAACAUAUUCGUAUACAGAACCAGACGAGGCCAUCCAGAUUGUAUGGUACUAAAGUCUCUUCAGCAAAUAACGUAGGAGCUGGGGAAGCAAUGCGUGGUAGUACUCCACCAACACCUGGUGAUGAAUCCGAUUCCUUAGGCGCGAGUCGCCAAGGAAAAACUCCAAUUACGAAUUCAUUAAAUAAAGACAAGCGUAAGCCAUUUUUCAAAAAGCAAGAUACUGCUUCUCCUUACGACGUAGUUCCAUCUAUGCGACCAGUUGUUUUGGUUGGCCCUAGCCUUAAGGGGUAUGAAGUCACAGAUAUGAUGCAAAAGGCUCUUUUUGACUUUUUAAAACACCGGUUUGAAGGAAGAAUUAUAAUUACACGAGUAAUGGCUGAUAUAUCUCUAGCAAAGAGAUCUAUUAUGAACAACCCUACAAAACGCGCUAUCAUGGAACGGUCCAGCAGUCGGUCAGACUGUCUCACUAAGGUUCAAGAAGAAAUUGAACGUAUAUUUGAACUAGCGAGAACCCUACAAUUGGUAGUUCUUGACUGCGACACAAUAAACCAUCCUUCACAACUUGCGAAAACUUCAUUGGCGCCUACUAUUGUAUAUCUAAAAAUAAGUAGCAGUAAGGUUCUACAAAGGUUGAUUAAAUCAAGGGGAAAAUCUCAAGCUAAAAAUCUUUCAGUUCAAAUGGUUGCUGCUGAAAAACUAGCGCAGUGUCCCUCAGAGAUGUUUGAUGUGAUACUUGACGAAAAUCAACUGGAGGAUGCAUGUGAGCAUAUUGCUGAAUACCUAGAGACUUAUUGGAGGGCCACGCAUCCGGAAAUGAGUGUCGUUGGGUCUAUUCCCAAAUCAAUGACUGUACAGAACUCAUCACCAAUGGCAGAUCAAAAUAGAUUUAAUUCAACAUCCACAGGUAAAUGUAUAGUAAAAAUUAAUACAUACUGAUUUAUUUUAAGCAUUAUCAACUAUAAUAGUUGACAAAUGAGAAUUUUUUGUGACGAUUUAAGACGACUUAAAUAAAUAACAUUUUUUGAAUUUCUAAGAAAAUGCCACACGCAACUGAAAUACCGGAUGAGAAGCGUAAAUAGAUUAAAUGUAUGAGUCAAUCUGGCUGGAAAGUUGUCCAAAUUGUUGUUUCUUAAAAAGGCAUAGGAAGAAAAUAACCAAUUUACAGAAAUAUCCAGAUAACUAUAGUGUCGUGAAGCCUAGUGGUUAUUACAGGAGCAAACGGCGAAAUCAGUAGCUAGUAACCAAUAGUAAUAUAAGUUGCAUGCAAAUAAAAGCGGGACUUGGUGUAGAUGUGACUACACAACAACAAUGUGAGAUUAUAGCGUUAAUUGCUGCCUGGUUAUCGACGUAUAUACUUAUCCUUUUUAUGUUGUUUCUUGCGACGGUUAACUAUAUCCCCCGCUUUUCCAACUGCAAAAACUUCCGCCUGGAAGAUACUGCAGUAUUCCGGAAGCUUAGUGGAUCGCCUGCAGUCUAGCUCUGAACUAUAGAUUCCGGCCCCAACUCCAUUAGCUAUUUUGGGUCCAAAUGUAUAAAUGUUGUAAGAACAUACUGUGUUGCAGGCUCCUGCGUGUGUGAUUUAGAACCUUCUCUCUCAAACAAAGUGUGUGGGGAUGUGCUUAUUGAGCUAUGCUCGAAUGUUUUUGUAGAUAAUUCAUCUAGUGCUUUUUGUCGCAAUGUUAAUUGGUGGUAGAUUGCGUAGCCUUUCUAGUGCCGCAGUUAGAGUGGUUCUUAGCGCUCCCGUCAUGCAGAGAAAUCGCCAUGCCUAUGCCGCUGUGUAACACCAUUGCGUAAGGCUUUGUGAUGUAGGCUCCAAGUACAAAUGAAAAAUAUAAAUUUUGGGCAGAAGAAUUCCUGUAAUGAAAAGAAAUUUAAUUUGGACAGACUAUAUCGUCUUCAUAGAUACUGAAGGUUGCUGGUGCACUCAUGAUAUGGGCAGUUCCUUAACACUCGGAAUAUUGUAUUGCUGAAGUGGCCUGUCUAGUCUAGAUUUGAAUCCGAUCGACGAUCUGUGGAGAAUUCUUUAAAGCAAAAUUUAUGAAACUUUCAAGCAAUAUGACAGACUUAAGCAACUAAAUCUUGCAAUUUAAACCAAAGGGGUCAAAAUUCAAAUGUGCGUGCUAAAAAACUAGUGCAGCCAAUGCCUCAUCGUGUCCAAUUGGUUAAAAUACAUAAGGGUAUCACAAUCCCUUAUUAAAAAAUGCAAUAUUCGUAUUUUUAUAAAUAAAAUGAAAUGUAGCUAUAUUAAAUAUUAUUUUGCACAUAUAAAUAUUUUAUAUGUAAAUUACGGAAAUUACUAUUUUUUUUAAUUAAUAAAGAUAUUUAAUAUAAUUUAGUUA